AUGAUCAGUCUUAUAUUAAUCUGCGUUUUUUUCCUGCUGAUACUUUUUGUCACGAACAUUGUGUAUGAAUACAUUCAUACAUUUAACUCAAGAAAAUUGAGGCGCAAGAAAGUUGCAAAUAAUAACGAAAAUCUUGUGGAGUUUUUUUUACACGUUCAAAUUCUCAAUGACAUAGUUAUAACGUCGAUAGUUAAUUUCUUAAUAAAAGUGAAGCUGUUCCUUUACUGCGUGGCAAAUUAUAUCUUUUUUAACCGAAACAGGUAUAUACCCACUGGCAGCCAAGAGGACCCAAUUGUUGGUGUGGACAGCGAUUACGUAGAUGCACACAAUGAAGUAGACUACAGCAAAAGAAAAAAUGUUCAAGUGAAGACAAUUUACUUCAUAAGGCAUAGUGAAUCUGUUUGGAAUAGCGUGUUUAAUAAAGGAUUCAAAGCAGCGACGUUUUUUAAUUUGGUCCUAGCCCUCUUGUACGAAAUAUUCUUCUUCUUUAGCCAAAAGUCGGCGCUUGUGGAUGCCCCCCUCAGUAACAAAGGAAUUAUUCAGUCCAUCGAAUUAUCAAACUUUUUGCAACAAGAAAAAAGUGAAACGAAAAAUGAUGAUAAACGGUGCGUAGUUCCUAUGAACCCACUGUAUAGGGAUCACGAGGAGACUUGCGCUGACGAAAAUGAAGACCUCGAAAUGUCAAUUAUGAAUAAGCAAAUAGAGCACAACGCAGGUGGUGAUGAUGAGGAGGACGAGGAUUUUAUGCAGAAUUCCUCUCCGAACAGGAACUAUGUCAGUGUAAAAUAUGCAGAUAAGAACAGUGGAAGAAAGGGCCCUGUCGUUGAUUAUGUACAUGCAGUAGAUGGAGAGACAGGAAAUAAUACGGGACAAAGUAUAAGGAAGAGAAGACAUGGUAAGGAUGCAGAUGUAGAUGCAAACACAAGUACAAACAAAGACACAUACCAAGAUGGAAAUGCAUAUACUAAUGACGAAUUGACGAUGCACCCAAGUGAUACGCACAUGGGUGAUAAUCAUCCUAAUAACCAGGAGGACCCUCGAAAUGACCCCCAAGUGAGCAGGAACAAUUACUACGAAAAUUACAACCCUAAGGAAAUGCUAAGCCGAAGUGUCAAGGAUCAUAUUGACAUCCUUAACAACACUGUAAAUUAUCCAAGCGCCAUCUUGUGCUCAGGUUUAAGAAGGGCAAUAUCCACCUGCUUUAUAGGCCUAUACAACAGAAUAAAUAGAAAUAACGAACAAAUACAAGUACUUAAUUCACUACAAGAAAUUAGUAGAAAUCCCGACUGCGUUUCGCUCUUCGAUUUUUAUGACAAUAAAUAUAUCAGCACAGAUAUUGAAAAUUUUGUACACAAAGAUGUAGAAAGAAUGUGUAAAAGAAAUAUACGCAUUAAAAGAAAUUAUGUAAGUAACAAAUUUUUUGAUACCCUCUCGUACAUUUUUAAUAAGGACACCAAUAUAUUUAUCAUAUUUGGCCACAGCCUGUGGUUCCUCCUUUUUUUCAAUUACUUCCUCAAGGAGCCUCACAGAGCUAAAACGCACAAAAUGCACAACUCAGCUAUCGUUGUUUUUAAUAUAGUUAAGUAUGAAGAGGAUGCAAAAGUCAAUUAUGAAAUUCAAAAGGGCAGUGUGCGUGUGCUGUAUAAGGGAUUUGUGGACAAGAAGUACAACAAGCUUGACUAG